GGUACUAUGGAGCAAUAUGAUCAUUCCAAAAUCUCUCAUUUUAUCGGUGGAAACGCUGUGGACGUAGCUGGACCAGGUAGAGUGACGGACUUCGUAAAGUCUCAUGGAGGACAUACUGUCAUUACUAAAGUCCUCAUCGCCAACAAUGGGAUCGCCGCCGUUAAAGAGAUUCGGUCCAUCCGAAAAUGGUCAUACGAGACUUUCGGUUCCGAUCGUCUUAUAGAAUUCACGGUGAUGGCCACACCUGAAGAUCUGCGUAUCAACGCCGAGUAUAUCCGCAUGGCUGACCGAUAUGUCGAAGUGCCUGGCGGGUCCAACAACAACAACUACGCCAAUGUCGACUAUAUUGUAGACGUGGCCGAAAGAGCAGGUGUACAUGCCGUCUGGGCUGGCUGGGGACAUGCAUCGGAGAACCCUCGAUUACCAGAAACCCUAGCAAAGUCCAAAAUCAUCUUCAUAGGUCCUCCCGGUUCAGCCAUGCGUUCCCUAGGAGACAAAAUCUCCUCCACAAUCGUUGCUCAGCAUGCACAGGUCCCAUGCAUGCCGUGGUCUGGUACUGGAAUUUCGGAUACCAUGCUAUCGGAUCAAGGCUUCGUCACCGUGCCGGAGAAGGCGUAUGAUGAUGCUUGUGUCCACAAUUGGGAAGAGGGGCUUGACCGUGCUGAAAAAAUUGGAUUCCCCAUCAUGAUCAAGGCCAGCGAAGGAGGUGGUGGGAAAGGGAUCAGGAAGGUCGACGAUCCAGAAAAAUUCAGGAAUUCCUUCCAGGCCGUCGCCGGAGAGGUGCCAGGCUCUCCCAUAUUCAUCAUGAAACUCGCCGGCUCGGCACGACAUCUCGAAGUCCAGCUCAUUGCGGACCAAUACGGCAAUGCUAUCUCCCUCUUUGGUCGUGACUGUUCGGUCCAGCGGCGGCAUCAGAAGAUCAUCGAAGAAGCUCCUGUUACAAUCGCUCGGCCCGAAAAGUUCGAAGAGAUGGAGAAAGCCGCCGUCCGACUAGCCAAGCUCGUCGGUUACGUCUCAGCAGGUACUGUCGAAUACCUCUAUUCUCAUCAAGACGACUCAUUCUUCUUCCUAGAGCUCAACCCACGUUUGCAAGUCGAACAUCCCACGACCGAGAUGGUCAGUGGCUGUAACAUCCCCGCCAUCCAAUUGCAAAUAGCAAUGGGCAUUCCUCUCCACCGCAUCCGCGAUAUUCGUACCCUCUACGGCAUGGACCCUCACGGGGUCACCGAGAUCGACUUUGACGGCACCAAGCCGGAGUCUGUCAAUACUCAACGCAAGCCCACUCCUAAAGGUCAUGUCAUUGCAUGCCGUAUCACUGGUGAGAACCCAGAUGCCGGCUUCAAACCGUCCUCCGGCAACUUGACCGAACUCAACUUCAGGUCAAAUUCCAAUGUCUGGGGGUACUUCUCUGUCUCAUCUGCCGGUGGUCUCCAUGAGUACGCCGAUUCACAAUUUGGUCAUAUCUUUGCCUACGGUAUGGAACGAAGCGAAGCCCGAAAGUCGAUGGUCGUUGCUCUCAAAGAGCUCAGCAUUCGAGGAGAGUUUCGGACAACAGUCGAGUAUCUAAUCAAGCUACUGGAGAAACCUGAGUUUGAAGACAAUACCCUGACAACGCAAUGGCUUGAUGGCCUCAUUGCCGAGGGUAUGACUUCAGAGCGACCGGACCCCGUCGUAGCGGUCGUUUGCGGCGCCGUCGUGAAAGCACACAUCGCAUUCGAAGCUUCUUGGGCAAAGUACAAAUCGGUGCUCGACAAGGGUCAGGUCCCACCCAAAGACACUUUACAGACCUUUUUCAAGAGCGAUUUCAUCUACGAGAAUGUUCGUUACUCGUUUGCCAUGGCUAAAUCAUCUUUACACUCCUUCAACCUCUAUCUUAACGGCGGACGAAUCUACGUGGGAUGUAGAAGUUUGAGUGAUGGCGGUCUUUUAGUCUCCCUUGCUGGUGCUUCACACACCAUUUACUGGAGGGAAGAGGUUGGGGCGAUGGUUUUGUCUAUCGACUCCAAGACGACCAUGAUAGAGGACGAACAAGAUCCCACUCAGCUGCGGAGCCCCUCACCGGGAAAACUUGUUCGAUACCUUGUCGACUCUGGAGAUCACAUUGAUGCCGGUGACGCCUAUGCCGAGAUCGAAGUUAUGAAGAUGAUCAUGUCGGUCACUGCGAGCGAGAGUGGAAUUGCCCAAUUCAUGAAGCAACCCGGUCAGACUCUCGCUUCUGGCGAACUACUCGGUAUCCUUACCCUCGACGAUCCUACGAAGGUCAAAUUCGCGAAACCUUUCGAAGGUAUACUACCUACCUUCGAGCUCAAGGACGGUCGAUAUGGCACCAAACCACAUCAGCGACUCCGAGAGCAUUUGGAAGUCUUAUACGACAAUCUGGCCGGUUAUGAUAAUUCAGCGGCUGUCCAACCUUCCCUACGUGUGGUCGAAGCGGCUUUGCGAGACGUUGAUCUCCCGUUCUCCAACGCGCAAGAGGUCAUGUCCGCCAUCAGCAGUCGUAUCCCAUCCAAACUCGAAGAAGAAGUCCGCAGCAUCCUUGACUCGACUCGUUCCAGAAAACAAGAAUUCCCCAGUGUUCGCCUCAAAAGGACCAUCGAUGACUUUAUCGAGGAGAAUGUCAACCCGAAGGAACGUCAACAAAUUCAUGCUGCGCUGGAGCCUCUAGAAGCACUCAUCACCUCGUUCGCUCAUGGACUCAAGGUGCACGAAUGGCAGACUUGGGCGGACUUACUCAACUUCUUUGCCGAUGUAGAAGAGCCGUUUGCAGAUUCAACGAGUACUCAGGAAAACAUUGUUUUGCGGCUUCGCGAGCAGAGUAAGGAUCUUGACAAUGUUGUCAGAUUAGUUUUGUCACACAGUAAGAUCGCUCUGAAGACAAAACUCGUUCUGCAAUUACUCGAAAUCAUCAAGUCGGAAUCCCCUCGUGCCUCGAUGCAUGUGGAAAGCCGAGUCAACAAUGCCUUAGCUCGUCUGUCCGCCCUCGAUAGUCGGCCGACCGCCAAAGUCGCUCUGAAAGCCAAAGAAGUCAUGAUCGUCGGCAGUAUCCCCAGCUAUGAGGAGCGUCUCGGGCAGCUAGAGCAUAUUCUCAAGGCAUCAGUCACGACGAGUUACUACGGUGAAUCUGGUACCGGUCAUCGAUUCCCGUCAAGUGACAGCCUGAAAGAGGUCACAGACUCCCGAUACACAGUCUACGAUGUUCUCAGCACUUUCUUCGACCAUGAUGACCCAUGGAUCUCACUCGCUGCCCUCGAGGUCUACGUUCGCCGCGCUUACCGAGUCUACAACGUGAUCAACCUUGACUACGAGGCCGGUCAACAGGGAAAAUCUCCCCAUAUCGUUACCUGGCGUUUCAAAUUGAGCAGUCCCUCGGCUGAACCUGUCACUCCUCGGGUCGAUUCCGCUCGAGACUUCACCCGAAUUGCUAGUAUGAGCGAUUUGAGCUAUGUUGUCAGCAGACAUCUCGAACCCAUCCGAUUUGGACUCAUGACCUCUUAUAAUCACCUGCGCGACCUUCAAGAAGGCUUCAGCGAUCUCCUCACCCGAUUCCCGGCCUUCAACGCCAACGAAUUCCGCGAGCGUUUCGGCCAAGAGAAUCGUCCCCCUCACGUCCUCAACGUAGCUUUGCGCUUGUUCGGCGAAGAGGACUUUACCGAAGCAGAGUUGUACGACCACUUCUUAGCAUUGGCGAAUCAACACUCUGAGAAGCUCAUGCAAAAAGGAAUUCGUCGGGUUUCAUUCGUCAUAUGUCGCAAGGAUCAAUACCCUUCGUACUACACUCUCCGACAAAGUGCCAACGGGGUGUGGAAGGAGGAAGAGACUAUCAGGAACAUUGAGCCGGCACUGGCGUAUCAAUUGGAGCUCGGACGUCUGUCGAAUUUCAAGAUCACUCCUCAAGCGUCAACCAACAGACAGAUUCAUAUCUAUCAAGCCGUGGGUCGGGAGAACACAUCGGACGUCCGAUUUUUCGUCCGUGCCCUGUUGCGUCCCGGGCGAUUCGUCGGUCAGAUGAAGCAGACUGAGUAUCUCAUCUCCGAGACUGAUCGGUUGGUGGGUGAUAUUCUUGAUACGCUAGAGGUCGUCAGCUCCCGAUAUCGACAAGCUGACUGCAACCACAUCUCUGUCAACUGCGUCUACAGCCUCAACGUGACGUUUGAAGACGUUCAAGAGGCUCUGGCUGGGUUCAUUGAGCGACAUGGGAAGAGGCUUUGGCGACUGCGCGUUACUCAAGCCGAGAUAAGAGUAGUCAUUGAGGACGAUGAAGGUCAUGUCGUGCCUAUUCGUGCUUUCAUUGAGAAUGUCUCAGGUUUUGUCGUCAAGUAUGAGGCGUAUCAAGAGGUCAUCAACGAGAACGGAGUGGCAAUCCUGAAGUCUAUCGGCGAUCAGGGACAAUACCACCUGCAGCCUGUCAAUUUCCCCUACUCCACCAAAGAAUCGUUGCAGCCACGACGUUAUCAAGCUCACAUUAUCGGCACGACAUACGUGUAUGACUUCCCCGAUCUUUUCCGUCAAGCUAUCGAGAAGCACUGGCGGUGGUACCAGACAUUCCGGCCUCAUGUCAAGAUACCGUCUGAACUCCUUACGGCAACAGAGCUCAUCUUGGACGAUAAUGGCGAGAUGGUCGAAGUCAGUCGUCCCCCCGGACUGAACAGUUGCGGUAUGGUGGCAUGGGUUUACAAGAUGAAAACACCUGAGACUCAAGGUGCCGGUCGACGAGUGGUGGUUAUCUCCAAUGACAUAACAUUUCAAAUCGGCUCGUUCGGACCUGUUGAAGACGAGUACUUCUACAAGGCAACACAGUACGCCCGCCAACAUGGUCUCCCACGUAUCUAUCUUUCGGCAAACUCCGGUGCUAGAAUCGGUCUUGCGGACGAGGUUAUGGCUCUCUUCGAUGUGGCUUGGAGGGACCCCACUCGUCCCGAAAAGGGCUUCGACUACCUUUAUCUCACAGAUGAGAAUUUGGACAGACUCAACUCUAUGGGCACUGGCAGUGUUAUGACUGUCGAACGUGAGGUGAACGGCGAGCACAGACACGAGAUUACCGCAAUCAUCGGUCUCAAGGAUGGUCUCGGUGUGGAAUGUCUACGUGGAUCUGGCUUGAUCGCCGGUGAAACUUCAAGAGCGUACGAUGACAUUUUCACUAUUUCCAUGGUGACGGCUCGUUCCGUCGGUAUCGGCGCCUACCUCGUUCGUCUAGGUCAGAGAGUGGUUCAAGUCGAAGGACAGCCGAUUAUUCUCACCGGUGCACAGGCUAUCAACAAGGUGCUGGGCAAGGAGGUAUACACGAGCAACAUUCAAUUGGGUGGCCCGCAAAUCAUGUACAAGAAUGGAAUCUCACACUUGACAGCCGCCAGUGACUUGGAUGGGGCUUUGCAGAUUGUGCAAUAUUUAUCUUUUGUUCCUCUCUCUCGCGGCUCUGCUGUCCCUGUUCUCAGCCUGAGUGACAGUCCUGAUCGAGAUGUCGAAUGGACACCGACGAAAUCCGCCUAUGAUCCCCGUAACUUCCUCGAGGGAUGUCAGGUUGAGCAUGAGGGUCAUGUGGAGUGGCAAUCUGGUGUCCUAGACAAGGGGAGCUUCUUCGAGACGAUGGGUGGCUGGGCUCAAACAAUCGUCACUGGCCGAGGCAGGAUUGGAGGUAUCCCCAUCGCUGUCAUCGCUGCGGAGACGAGAAGCAUCGAACGUGUCGACCCAGCUGAUCCGGCCAACGAACAUUCUACCGAGUCUCGUGUAUCUCUGGCCGGUACAGUGUGGUUCCCCGACUCGUCGCGCAAGACGGCAACGGCGAUCGAAGAUGCGAACCGCGAAGGGUUGCCAUUGGUUAUAUUUGCCAACUUCCGUGGUUUCUCUGGAGGGAUGAGUGACAUGGCCCAGGCUAUCCUGAAAGAGGGUGCUAAGAUUGUGGAUGGCUUGUCGAGCUAUCGUCAUCCGGUGAUCGUGUAUCUGGUGCCUAAUGGUGAACUUCGCGGUGGCGCGUGGGUCGUGUUGGAUCCUAGCAUCAACCCGGAGUAUAUGACCAUGUAUGUGGACAAUGAAUCCAGAGGCGGUGUGCUGGAGCCUGAAGGGAUUGUGGAGGUGAAAUACCGCAAACCGAAGAUGCAAGCGACCAUGAUGCGACUGGAUGCCGAGUAUGCACAACUGAAAGUCGCUGCAGAAGCGGCCGACCUGUCUGCAGACGAGAAAGCAGCGGCCAUGGCAAAACUCGAAGCUAGAGAGAAACAUCUUCAUCCCGCGUAUCAGUCAGUCGCUUUGGAAUUUGCUGAUCUCCAUGACAGAAGCGGUCGGAUGGAAGCUAAAGCGGAUUGUAUACCCUGCGACUGGCCCUCCUCACGUCGGACCAUUUAUUGGCAACUCCGACGGAAGAUAUCCGAAGUCAGAGUAAUGAAAAGGUUGAUGGGGGCUGAUUCGGCUCUGACGUAUCCUCAACGUCAGACAUUGUUGGAGCAGAUGAUACCAUCUAAUUUGGAGAAGGAUCAGGAGGUUGCGAUUUGGAUUGAACAGAAUUGGUCAGAGGUCGAAGCGGCUGUAAGGACGGUCAAGGAUGGUUAUUGUGCGAAUACGAUUUUGUCUUGGGCUUCUACAAACCAAGAUGGUGUUUAUGCUGGGUUCAAGAAGAUACUUGAUACCCUCACGCCUGCUGAAAAGGCUGAGCUGCUCAAACAACUCUCCAAUGAGGAAUCUUGAUCGAACCAAACGUCUCAUCAUUCCUGGUCGUCGUCUUCUUUUCUUCCCUUUUCUUCCUCAUGUACUUCUUCCGUUCAUACCCUUUUAUCUUCCUUGACAUGUUGCGGGUGAUCAGUGGGGGGGAAUCAUGACAAAUUGUGCAUAACAUCAGGCAGGUAGAUUCUCAUAUACGAUAUAUUUUCAUCUAGAGCAUUCAUGCACAUGUGAUUCAUCAAGUG